UGCUGUCACUAUUCCAGUUCACACGGAGCAUUGAGGAGCAUCGGAAUGCGAUGAAAGUGUUCAAGUAACUUGUUGUAGUGAGAUCAUAGUAUAUUGAAACGUAGAAAGAGCAGGAACGGAACGUACGUAUGUCCUUGAUAGGACUAAGGUGAGGGCACGACAAUGGAGUGACACAAUAGAAGAAAGUUGAAGAAAAUUCACUUCACUUUAGUUAUUACUAUGGAAAGUAUUUAAUUUGGAAUGCGAAACUAACUACCGGAGUUAUGCCCCUUGGUGAGGACGCCUGCCAGGCGACAUACAAGAUCCUUAUCAUAGGUGACGCAUCGGUCGGUAAGACAGCUCUGUUGAGGACACUGAUUUCAGAACCGUUCCAGGAGAAAACAAGGCCGACGGUCGCUUUGGAUUUUGUGAGGAAAUCAUUUGAGGUAGAUGGUGCUUUUGUACAGUUGCACUUAUGGGACACAGCUGGUCAGGAGCGAUUCCACUCCAUAACAAAAUGGCACUACCGGGGCACCAAGGGUAUAAUGGUGGUGUAUGAUAUCACAGACAGGGAGACAUUUCAUCAUCUUUCUUACUGGAUAGACAGCGUCAACAAGGAUGUUGCCCAUAUCAACAACAGGUACGAGGCAGUACCACUAGUUAUAGUGGGAAACAAAGUGGACCUAUGUCGGGAUAGAAGAGUGAAGACCCGAGAGGGACAGAAGCUUGCAGAUAAGCACAUGGCUUUUGGAUUCUUUGAGACAAGUGCAAAGACGGGUGAAAAUGUGAUAGAUGCUUUCCAAAAAUUGGCGUAUCACGUGACUGACAUUUGUGAUCCAAGGCUUAUGAAGAGUUACCAUCCGAACAUGUUAAGGCCACCUGAUAUUGUACGCAAGACCGGAAGUACAAUGCGGCAAAUACUUCCAUCUGACAUGAUAGUUGGUGACAAUACAAAGGGAAAGAAACCGAAAAAGAAAAAGAAGAAAAAAUCAAAACACAAAUCUAAUGACAUUCAAAUGAGUACGCUUAGAAGGGAAGAUGGAACCACAAGUUGUGAAACAAAAAUUAAAACUGAUGAGUUACAAAAUGGGGAAAAUGGAACAAGGAAGGAGACAUCCAAACACAAAGGCGCAAUAAAAUUAAAACAUUGUGGUAAAACAAAGAUCCAGUGCUGUGUGAUAUCGUGAUAAUAUAUUGUGCUAUGUUUCGUGAUAAGAUCAUGUGCUGUGUGAUACCAUGAUAAGAUCAAGUGUUGUGUGCUAUCGUGAUAAGACACUAAGCUGUGUGACAUCGUAACUGUGGUUUUAUUAUCUAUUUCAUUAAAACCAGAUCAUAAGUUACCGUUGCUCUACAUUACUCUAACGUAAGUUGGGAGGUUCUAACCUAUAUCUAAGUAUUUUAAAGGACCAAUUACUAAUACUCUAUAAUUAUUAUAUGUUAUAUAUUGUAUCAAUGCCAUGUAUUCGCACAUACUGAACGGUUCAGUAAUCUUCGUCUGAAUUGAACAUAUUUGUGUGUCUAGUUUUGUCUAGUUGUGGUUAUGUACAGGGUAGCUAGAUGACAAAAUAUGAACAGUUCAAAUGCGCAGGAACAACUUUCUUACUGGUGUGAGUGUGGUCGUCGAAAUCAUUUGAAGGUUAGGUUGUCUGAUUGUUCUACCUACUUUGUACAUUGCGGUUAUAUCAGGUUUUGCUUCUCACUUCAAACAGAAUCGCUUUUGAAUGCCAGUCGGGUAAAAGGGAAAUUGACAUUUUAUAUGCCAUAUAAGUUGUACAUACCAUAGAUAAUUUUCAUCUUUAGAAUGGGAACAUGGAACGAAUAUAACUCGUAGAUAUUUGCGAUGCAUAAUAUAUAUCAACUGUUAUCUUCACUAUAGCAAAACGUUUCAUACAAUACAAAUACAAAAUACGUUUGUAAACAUUCUGUCUUGCAUUUUAUCCUGUACAAUUUGACAAGAAUACAAUAAAACUAGGAAAUCAAUGUUGACGUAUUUCUUUACGAAAUUCUCGGAAAUCAAAUCGUCGCAAAUGUAGAAAUUAGUGAAAUUAGUGUUUUAGUAAUCGUUACAAGUAAAUCUUCCACCAUCUAUAAUGCGUUAUUUUUGUAUC